GUUGUCAAGGCCUCGCGAAGCAUUGUGGGUAGAUUCGAUCAGAUGACCCUCGAAUCCACUGAGGGCUGCAGCGUCUCUCUGCUAACUAUUAGCUGCUGAAGGAAUCACUACUAUUUAAAGGUUGAACCAUGAGGCACCUGCUCUUUCUCCUCCCAGCCCUACUUGUGCUCCUGGCCCUGCCGGACACUAGGGGGCGCUACAACGACGACUUUGAUGAUGGUGAGGACAUCGCAGAGUUUGAUGACAAUGACUUUGCUGAAUUCGAGGAUGUCAGUGAGGACCCGGCAGUAGAUGUAGAGAAAGAACCGCCCCCACGAGCAGCCCCCUCAUCAGCACCUGUAGAGGACGAUGAAGACGAAGCCACAGUGGAGAACGAGGACGGCCAAGAUGAGUUUGAGGAUGCGGAUGGGCAGGAUCAAGACAUGUACAGCAAGUAUGACAAUGAGGAGUUUGAGGGCUACGAGAAGUCCAACCCAUCUUUCAAAGAUACACUAAUAUACAGAGAGGUCCCAGCGCACCUGCAAAACAGCUGGGAGAGUUACUACAUGGAGAUCUUAAUGGUCACUGGUCUUCUCGCCUACAUUAUGAACUACAUAAUCGGAAAAAACAAGAACAGUAGGCUCGCCCAGGCCUGGUUUAAUUCCCACAGAGAACUUCUCGAGAGCAACUUUGCCCUAGUGGGGGACGAUGGCACCAGUAAGGAGGCCACCAGUACAGGAAAGUUAAAUCAGGAGAAUGAGCACAUCUAUAACUUGUGGUGCUCAGGGCGUGUGUGCUGUGAAGGGAUGCUGAUUCAGCUUAAGUUUCUGAAAAGACAGGACCUGCUGAAUGUGCUGGCAAGAAUGAUGAGACCAGUCGGUGAUCAAGUGCAAGUUAAAGUAACUCUGAAUGAUGAGGACAUGGACACUUUCGUGUUUGCUGUGGGGAGUCGGAAGGCCAUGGCACGAAUGCAGAAAGAGAUGCAGGACCUUAGUGAGUUCUGUGGAGAUAAGCCCAAGUCAGGGUCAAAAUAUGGCCUCUCUGACACUCUGUCCAUCUUGUCAGAGAUGGGAGAGGUCACGGAUGGAGUGAUGGACAGCAAGAUGGUAAAUUACCUCACCAGCAAUGCUGACAAGAUCGAGUCCAUCCAUUUUUCAGACCAAUUUUCUGGUCCAAAAGUUAUGCAAGAAGAGGGUCAGCCCUUAAAGCUGCCUGAGACCAAGAAAACACUGCUGUUUACAUUUAACGUGCCUGGGAUGGGUAACACAUCUCCCAAAGAUAUGGACAGUCUGCUUCCUCUGAUGAACAUGGUGAUCUACAGCAUUGAUAAAGUCAAGAAGCUUCGUCUCAAUAGAGAGGGCAAGCAGAAAGCAGAUCGGAACCGCGCUCGUGUGGAGGAGAACUUCCUGAAGCAGACACAUUCUCAACGUCAGGAGGCUGCUCAGACGCGCCGGGAAGAGAAGAAGAGAGCGGAGAAAGAGAGGAUCAUGAAUGAGGAGGAUCCUGAGAGACAACGCCGCCUAGAGGAAGCCUCCCAACGUCGUGAUCAGAAGAAGAUUGAGAAGAAGCAGAUGAAAAUGAAGCAGAUCAAAGUGAAAGCCAUGUGAAAAGAGACACUCGCACACACUAGUCAUUAGAGAGAAUGUACCAUUUCUUCCGUAGCUCUUGCUUGCACCUGCCAACGUACACUCUCAUACAAAGUCUUAAAUGAAUGUGCAUGCCAUUCUGUUGGCUGCUACUUUACCCACAGAAAUGCUCUGUUCAAUCAGGAGAAGGCAGCUGGUUGUUAAGGAGUAAAUAUGAUCUUUAAAAGACAACUAGAUUGGAGAUUUGUUAAAAAAAAUCAUUUUACAGCAUGGGUGUUUGCUUAAUAAUUGCAUGGCAGACUUGAAUUGCAUAAAUCUUGAGCAUGUUGGCAAAGUAUUAUGUUGCUUUGCUGCAGUUUUUGCCAUAAUUUGGUCUUCAUCAAUCGGUCCAAUCGGUUGUCUUUAAAGUUCAGUAAAACCCUCCUUAACAGAGAUUUGUCAAGAGGACCUGUGUUUUCAUCUGAUUCGAAUCAGAGGUUUAAUUACAUUUCCGCUAUUCUUCUUUUAAAGGUGAAAUCAGGGAGUACUUUUAAAAGGAGCUGGGUGGAUUAGAAACCGUUUUGUAAUAUAGUGCUUCCUUAUACUUUUUUCUAACAAUUCAUAAUUGCAGCUGUUUUAUAGAAUCAGCAAUAGACACUGUUUUUGUCUUUUCUCUAUUUUUGUCUCUCUUUUUUUUUAAUGAGCACAGACCCACAAAACAUGUCACUGUCAGGGCAGCACAAACUCCUCCUUUAUAUCUAUUUAAUACAAGUGAAUUUUUAAUUUAUCUUUAAGUUAAAGGUUGAUCAGACCUGAUCCAUGAGCUUAUAUUUUGUUGAUGUAACCCUAUUUUUCUCUAACAUUUGUUUGUGAGAUGGAUUAAAACUGAAUAAAACUGAAAAUGUUAAUAAUUGC